GCUGGGCCGAGUGGAUACGCAUGCGCAACAGGACGUGAUCGCCGGCUGGAGGCAAGCGAACCGCAAACGAGCCGCAAACGUCUUCAAUACGCUGGUGGUAUUUCCAGUGUUGCGGCGGGGCGCGGGAGACCAUCCGUCUUACCCGCAACAGGCAGGAAACCGGAAGGAGUUCCUGAGCCAGUGAGCCUCCAGCGGAAGUGGAAGAAGAAAGUACGUGAGAGAGGCUUCUGCCUCGUUUAAGAAAUCACGAUGGCCCUUCCUCAAGUGUCUGGAGCUGAGAGCUGCAGCCCAGGGAAGGGAACUGUGUCUAGCUAAGGAAGCCAUGGUUGAUGUUGCUUCCAGAUCUCAUGUCAACACCUCGCCCUCAGCUGCUGGUGGCAGCUGCUCAGCAGACCUUGGGCAUGGGAAAGAGACGUGGUCUACCCAGAGCCAUCUGCCUUCAUCUAGCUGGAGAGGUGCUGGCUGUGGCCAGGGGGCUGAAACCAGCUCUGCUAUAUGAUUGCAGCUGUGCAGGGGCAUUGGAGCUCCAGAGCUACCUAGAGGAGCUGCAGGGGCUGGGCUUCUUGACCUUGAGACUUCAUAUCCUUGAGAUUGGAGAAAACAGCUUGAUUGUCAGUCCUGAGCAUGUAUGUCAGCACUUGGAGCAGUUGUUGUGUGGUACCACAGCCUUUGUGGAUAUUUCCAGCUCCCAACCUCAUCCUUCUAUCUGCUCCCUGGACCAGCUUCAGGACUUGAAGGCCCUCGUGGCUGAGAUCAUUACACAUUUUCAGGGGCUGCAGAGGGACCUAUCCCUAUCUGUCUCCCACAGCAGGCUCCAUUCCUCAGAUUGGAAUCUCUGUACAGUAUUUGGGAUCCUUCUGGGCUAUCCUGUCCCAUAUACCUUUCACCUGAACCAGGGAGAUGACAACUGCUUAGCCCUGACCCCACUACGGGUAUUCACUGUCCGGAUCUCAUGGCUGCUAGGUCAACCCCCAGUCCUGCUCUAUUCCUUUAGUGUCCCAGAGAGUUUGUCCUCAGCCCUGAGGGACAUUCUAAACACCUGGGAGAAGAACCUCAGAACCCGAUUUAGGACUCAGGAUGACUUUGCUGACCUCAGCAUCUCCUCUGAGAUAGUCACACUGCCAGCUGUGGCCCUCUGACUUUAACUCUCCUCCCAUGUACAAGGUACUCAGUAAAUAAUCUUCUCUAGGUUGGGGAUAGCAAAUAGGAAUCAUCUCAAGUGCUGAUUCCAAGCAUCUUGAGAAUACUAGGGAAGAUUGCUGUAAUCCCUUAGCACAUAUGCAAAGGGCAUGGGAAUAAGUAAUGGUGGUAGUACUGCAGAUUUGCCAUUUCUAUACUAGGAAGUCCUCUUUGCUUAACAGGGACAUCCAUUUUUCACUGGAUGAGAGAUGGAGAGAAAGGUGGUGGAGGACAAGCAGUGUACUUUGUACGGUAGCUUUGUAAAUAAUUGCCCUAUGUGGGUAGUGUCUGCCAGGAAAAUAGGAGGAUUUUGGGUUUUUCUGCAUAUUUCUUUACCUCCAACUGAAUUGGACUCUGUAGAGUAGACCAGGAUGCUUAAAGGUCAUGCUUGUGAUGUGAUAUGUCAUUCAGGAAUGAAAUGAGAGUUUUGAGGCAUGGUCUAAACAGGUGAAGUUUAUUUACAGUAGGUUAAAAAAAUAAUAAAGUCAGAAUCCCAGUUCAGUUGGGGGGAAAACCCAAGCUAUGAAAUACCCAAACUUUCUGAGUUUUCCACUGAGUUCCUUGCUUUUCACCCAAGGCAGCUGUCACAAGUUAUUCAGAUCAUCAGGUUGUCUUUGUUGGCCAGGAACACUGCCAGUGCUGUAGCAAUCACCACCAUCAGCAUCGGGAGCCAUCGGCCACAUUGCCUCUGUGAGGAGGGAGAGGAGGGGUAGAUAGAAGGUGGCCAUGAGUUGGUAGGAGAAGAUAUAGGCGAAAAUAAUCUUCCUCUUGCUAUUCUAGACCAGUGGAAAACCUUGGGUUGGUGGUGGAGAAAAAGCUUUUUACUUCACUGUCUUUCCCACUUUCUGUCACUCCCUUAGGAUAAAAAUAGUGGUCUCUUGCCCCAGAUACUUAAAUGCUGAUACAAAUAAUGAAGGGUGGAAAAUAACUCAGGAAAAUUAUGUUCUCUGUUCAUAUGUCACUAUCCUUGCCACCAUGCUCAUAGUACUCUAAAAGAACACCCUUUCAUACUUUAGCUAAUAGCAAGUCUUUCCCUCCAGGCUCAAGAGUUCCAGGAAAAUUGGGCUUGGAUGCAUGAGCCAGUGUUUCUUUCCAUGGCUGCUCUACUGUCAGUAUUGUAUAAACCAAGCGGAGUGACACAGGCUGGCCAGGUAUUGGCAUAAGGUGAUAAAUUUUCUCUCCAGGACUUGGCUGAAGAAGGGAUCAUCCCACCGUUAUCUAGGGCUGUACUGGAGGAUGGACCCUCUUACUCUGGGAGGCGGCUGUAGGCUCUGCUUCAGCUCUUCUCGACAGUGCUGCAGCUUACGCAGGCAGGAGAGAUACUCGUCACUGAGGUUGUCUAACUCUGAAUGCAGUUCUCUGCACUGGGGGGGAAUAUCACCAAGGUCAUCAUCAUCAGUUCUGGUCUGGGACAGAAUUCAGGUGGGGAGACUACCCUGUGUAAGUUACCCCUUCACUCAUUUGGAAUUUUUACCAUCUUUCCUUUCCAGGCUUUCUCAGCAAUUUCAGUUUGCCUUUCAACUGUUUCUCAUGUAAUUUGUCCAGAAUGUGUAUUUAAAUGAUUGAUUAUAACAUUAUAUACUGUAUGUGUAAGUGCUUUUAUGUGACAGUGUAUGUGCAAGUGCCUUGUAAAUGGGGGACACCAAAAAAUGAAGUUCUUAUAGCACAAAAGACCUAGAAGUGAGCUUAGUGCCAGUCAGUUCCCCAGGAGCUAGUUGCAUAUGGAUAAUUCUGGGAAUGUGUGUGUAUGAGAGAGAAUGUAUGAGAAUGUGUAUGUUUGUGAGUAUUCAGAGAGGAAGAGUUUUGCUAUUUAUUUAUCUUUUUUUUUUCCUUUGGCAGCUGGUUGGUGUGGGGAUCCGAAUCCAUGACCUUGGUGUUAUAAGGCUGCACUCUGAUCAACUGAGCUAACUGGUCAGCCCAAGUUUUGCUAUUUAAAAAGCCCUAUAUAAAGCUUUAAAAUACUCAGUGUGGGACAAAGUUUGACAAGUUUAUAUGUUUAUUAAAUGUGUUUGAGUUUAGGUUGACUUUCCAAAAGGUAACUAUUUAAUAAAACCUUGAUAGAGGUUAGUAUAAAUAAGGAAGGGAAAAGAUUGACAAGUCAAUCCAGAAGCAAAGACAUUUUAAACAGGCAAAUAAAUACCUGCAGGCAUCCAAUCAUAAUUUAAACUUUGAAAUCCCUGCUCUCUGGUUGCCUCCCAGCAGUUUUUCCUGCCAUUCUUCAGAUGAGCCCCAGGCUACCUGAGGUUACUGUCUCACCUCCUUUUCCUUGGUCUGGAGCUGCAAAGUCUUCUUUUGCAGCUGGUCUCUGAGAUCCCAGUCUUUCUCCUUCCCUGUACCCUCAGGCUCCUCUUCAUUAAGGGAGGGCUUUGGACUCCACACAGGCAAAGCCUUAUCUAAAAAAGCAGCCAGAUUCUCAGUGACAGUGAGGCACGCACACUGAGGAAGGGCCCUGUCAUUUAGUGAGAAUCCCUAAGAGUUGGUGGAGGGAAGGGAAGAAGGGAAGGCCUGCCCUUGGUUAGACUGAGUGGAAUGGAAUUCUCUGACUUCAGGAAUUCCCAUUGGGACCCUGCUCAGCAUGGACAGACAGUUGGAAUUUGAGCUCCUUGAGGGCAGUGUUGGCAUCUUACUUUUCUUUGUAUCCCCAGUCUUUUCUAAGGCCAGAUGCUUUUAGUGAAUACAUUGAAUUUCUUUGGUUGUAUGUCACAUCCUUUCUAGUUUGUCAGGUAGGCUUGCUGGAUCCUUCAACAUUAUAAUCUUAUGUCCUCAUUUCAAAGUGGUGAAAAUAGCACUAUUAUCCUAAAAUUUAUCUUCAUGUGGUUAAAGAUGGUUUUUCAGACACCUUGCAGCUUUCGUCUUGGUGAAAAGAGCACUGGACUAAGAGUCAGAAGUUCUAGAUUGUUGUCUUAGCUCUAUCCUUAAUUUGGGUGACCAUAGACCCUCAUUUUCAUAUCCAUACUAGUGGGCAUAAUAAUAUCUGCCUUGUCUAUUAUAUUAUACCUAGUGAUUGUGAGGAGAAAACAAAAGGCCAUGUGUAGUGGAUAAAUGAGGAGUUAUUGCCUCCUCCAGAUACAUGAGGAAUUCUCAGGAAGCUUAGGAAGCAGACUAUUUAGGGCUAAGAAUGAGUUGACUCUUGCAUGCUACAUGAUUUGGAGCUGGGAAGUUAGUUGUGAUUUGGAAAAUCAAGUGUGCAAAAAUUGACAUGAAAUCCUGAGUUCAAAAUCAAUUUAUUGAAAUGUUCAACACAAACAUGUUUUCAGAGAGAGCAGAAAUCCUUUUUUCACAGUUUAUAUGCCUCUCAGGAUAGAAGGCUAACUAGUUAAGGUGUCCUCGGAGCCGAUGAUUAGUCCUUAAAAAGCUCCCCAACAUCCCUGACUUAACAGACUCCCAGAACUGGAGCUAAGAGGUUAUGUAGCCCAUACCCUGCCUCUAGGCAGCCAAGGAAAGAGGAAUAUUUUAGAAUUUGUGGUAGUAAAUUUGCUGACCUUUCUUUGUUAAGAGUUUUUCCUGUUCUUGAAGUUGUAAGGAUUGAUUCUGAAGCAGACCUGUUGGAAAACACAAGGAACUUGUCUAUGCUAGCAUAUUUACUAGAAUGAGUCUUUUUCCAGAACUUUGCCUAGAACCUUAAUUAUUAAAGAUGUUCAUAUCUGCUAGGUUGAAUUUUGUUCCCCAAAAUUUGUAUGUUGAAGUUCUAACCCCCAGUACCUCAGAUUGUGACUUUGUUUGGCAAUAGGUUCUUUACAGACGUAGUCAAGUGAAAAUGAGGUAAUUAAGGUGGGCCCUAAUUCAAUAUGAUUGGUGUUGUCAUAAGAAGGGUAAAUUUGGACACAGACAUGCUCAUGGGAAGGAUAAAGUGAAGAGAUAAAGGGAGAGGAUGGCCAUUUACAAAACCAAAGAAAGAGGCUUGGAAUAGAUCCUUCCCUAAAUUAAGCUCUUGUUGACACCUUGAUUUUGGACUUCUGGUCUCCAGAAC